AUAUUCUAAAAAGUGAGUAGUCAUCUCUUGACAACAACAUAUAUAAUAAAAAAAAAUAAAAUAAAAGAUAGAUUGCUGAUUUAACAUCAUGACGAACCAGAUGGUGUCUCGAUUCCGAGUCAAAAAACUUUCUCCCAAACACUCACUUCCUAUUUAUAAAGAGUCUCAACUUCCAGACCUUUCUGACUCUACAAAUAUACAAAGAGCUGUCCCACAAAUAGAAACAGGUGUUGAAAAAGAAGAGGAAGAAGAGCAUGAUUUACAGGCAGCUAUUUCUGCUGCACAAGCAGCUGUUACGACAGGCGCUUCGAUAGAAAAAUAUAUCCCUACACCUGAUGCUUCUCGUUUAAUAUCAAAUAAUGAAUAUGGGGCUUUAUACAAGAAAAAAUUCAAGGAACCCUCGACACUUAUCCGAUUUUCAUCUACAGUAGAGGAUAGCAUUGGUUGUCCUUAUUAUAUGGAUAUGAAAGAUGAAAAUUUUUUAAAGGACUAUAAUAAGCAAUACCCUGGUGAAAUAUUAUCUGAAGAUUUAUUUGAAAAGAUCAUAUGGGAAUGCGAGUCUAUUGCAAACCAGCAAUGGCCUCAUCUUUAUCUGGAUCCUACCCAUAUUCCUGAUUUUAAAACGUUUUUAGAUCAUGUUCCUGACUAUUCAAAUAUCAAGCAUUUCCCUAAUCUUCAAGUCUUAUAUGCCUAUUGGCGUCAACGUCGACAUGAAAGGGAGGGCAAACCCAUCAUGCCACACUUAAUAUUAGAAGAUACAUUAAAAGGUGAAUUAGACCCUUAUGUCUGUUUCCGUCGAAGAGAGAUUAAACCUGUUCGUAAAACAAGACGUACUGAUCAACAAUCUUUGGAACGCUUAAGGAAACUUCGUUCAGAGAUGGAAAUGGCUCGUAACUUGUUGGAGAUGGUCCUACGUCGUGAAAAGAUUCGUAAGGAAAGUCUUGUGUUAGAGCAUACGGUUUUUGAAAAAAGAAGAAGUUUACAAGAACAUCAACGUAUUCUUGGUAUUAAAGAAGAUGAUGAUUUAUUAUUAUUGUCAAAGAAGAAGCGCAAAUCUUCUAUGGAAGUUUCUUCUGGCGCCACUAUUAAAAUUCCUCUUCAUAAGCUUCGAAGAGAGGGUCAUCUUCUUAAAACUGAUAAAUCACCUACUCAACUGGCUAUUGAAGCAGAGCUUCUUCGUAGAAAAGAAUUGGAUCUUCCCUAUGAAGAUGUUACAGAAUAUCCAUUUCAACCGUUUCCCUUAUCAACGCCAGAACAGUUUUAUCAGCCACUUUCCGAAACAAAAACACCAGGACUCAAGUAUCGUAAACGUAUGGGAAGAUGUGGUCGUGUAUUUAUUGAUUGUAUUGGAUAUAAACCAACAAUGUCUCUAGCUGAAGAGGGUCAUGAUGGAGGCAAGACAAAAGCUAUGGAUCAACAAACAGCAUAUAAACAUUUUCAAUUUGAUUCUGAUGUGAGUGAUGAAGAUGAAUUAGCUAAUUAUGUUGAAAUGGAUGACAUGGAUAGUAUUUACUUGAAAAAUAGGGUUCAACUCCUUUCUGAAAAUGAACUUCGUAAUCUUGUUACUAUUCCAUUUUUAACUCCAUUAAAUAUAAUCAAUAUGAAUCAGGCACGCAAUGCUGCAGCAGCUGUAAGUAGUCAUUUCGUUGUUAAUAACCGUAGUCAUAUAUCUUCAAUAAUAUCUACACCGCCCGCUCCAACCUGUAUCCCGUCUCAACAGCUUCAUUCAUCUUCCGUUAUGAACCCUUUACCCACUGCUGGUGGCAUUCCCUCAGAUAUUCCUAUUAAAAGACAAAAUAGUCGUACAAAAAUGACACCUCAACAAGCUGCUGUAGCCAUGGCAAAUGGAAUGCUUGCAGCUAAUAUGGCUGCUGUUGUGAAUGGUGCAUCAAGUACAAAUAAAGCGGCUGCUAUGCAAAUGGCUAUGGUUGCAGCUCAGCAGCAGCAGCAGCAGCAGCAGCAACAACAACAACAGCUUAAUUAUGCAAACAAAGCAAAACAUAACCCACCUUUAUCACUUCAACUUUAAAUUAUCCGUUGGUAUUUGGUUUAUUAUCAUUAUUCUUAUUCUCAUAUAUCUGUAAAAUCCCCUCAUAGUCUCUCUCUCUCCUCUUUCUUUCUUUUCUUUUCUUGUAAAUUAUGGAAAAUGCACUUUU